GUCGGGAUUUAUGGUGGGGUAUACCUUUAACAUGUGUCAGUUUCCAUUCACAAUCGAAAAAACAAAACAGAAACAGUUCUUCAUCUCUCUCUGUCUCUAGAUUACCCUUCCAAAUCUAAACAAAGUGGUCUUUAUCCGAUUGCGGGACAGAAUUCUGGGAUUCAGUAGUGUGGAGAUAGCGCCUCAGCGAAAGCAGAAUGGUGGGUAAUGAAGAAGUUAAGAAGGAGGAUGAGCAAAUAUACGAGUAUGACGUUCCGGACCCAGAAUUUUAUGAUUUCUUCAAGGAUAAGAAAAAAGAAUGCUUUGAAAUUGAUCAAAUGUGGGCUAUUUAUGAUGAGAUAGAUGGAAUGCCUAGAAGGUAUGCCAGGAUCAGGGAAGUUUAUUCACCUGGUUUUAAAGUUCGGAUGACUUGGUUAGAGCCAGAUCCUGACGACAAAGGUGUAAAAGAUUGGACUGAAGCGGAAUUACCUGUUGCUUGUGGUAAGUUCAUUCGAGACAGGAGUGACAAAUCCGAAGACCUUGAAAUUUUUUCUCAUAGACUUGAGUGGGAAAAAGGCGAUAGUUAUGCUUCCUAUAGGAUAUAUCCUAGAAAGGGCGAAACUUGGGCUGUCUUCGACAACUGGGAUAUAAAAUGGAGCUUUGAACCGAAGAAGCACAAGGACUUUCAGUAUAAAUUUGUGGAAGUUUUGUCAGAUUAUUCGGAGGAAUCAGGUGUUUUGGUUUCAUACUUGGUUAAGAUCCAAGGAUUUGUAAGCUUGUUCAAGCCAGCAACACGUAACGAUGGAAAUGCAUCCUUGCAGAUACCACCAAAUGAGAUUCUCAGGUUUUCACACCGUGCUCCUUCUCAUAGAACAACUGGUAGAGAAAGAGGAGACGUUCCUGCUGGUUAUUUUGAACUCGAUCCUGCUUCUGUACCUACUUGCAUAGAAGAGAUUCGCGAUCUUGAUUUGAAUGUGCCCAUUGAAUGUAUUGAUGCCAAAGAUGGUAUACCUUUAAUUGAGGACGAAUCACAUAUGGCGAACAUCAGGAAAACCUCUGGUGUAAGUUGUACUAUGCAAGGAGAGAAUUUUAAAUGUGGAAGUGGGUCUCCAAGCUUAUCAAAUGGGUGCUACGAGGAGAAGAUGAGUGAAGAAAAUGCUAGCCAUCUUUUGGAGCUGACUUCAAGUGGUUCAGAUAGCUCAAACAUCAAGGAGAUAGGUCUGGAUCCUGCUUCACUACCUUCUAACUUUGAAGAGACUUCCAAUCCUGUAAAUUUGAACUUGAAUUCUGAUAUUGUUGAUCCUGAUAGUCCUGUUUCUCUUGGAUCUUUGGAAGAGGAAAAUCCCUUUUUCUUCAAGAAGAGAGCCAACCCUGAUGAAAAGAGUUUCCUAGACGAAGGGAAUUCAGAAGUUAGAAAUGGGUCUCCAAGGUUAUUAAACGGAUGCCUUGAAGAAAAUGCAGAUCAUCCUUUUGGCAUAACUCCUUGUGGUUCAGGUCACGCCAAAAGCUGUAAUGUGUCAGAUACUGAAGCCAUGGGUCCAGAUCAUACUAUUUCUUCUAGUAAUGUUGAAGAGAGUUGUGUUCAUGCAGAUGAGAAAGCACUUGGUGAAAUCAAUAAUUCUUCCAAAUCUCCUGCAGCUGGAGGAAGGCUACUCAAGCGAAAGAAGAGGAAAAACCAUGAUGUGAAAGGGUCUCCAAGGUUAUCAAACGGGUGCUCUAAGAAGAAGCAUUGUAAAGAAACUUCUGCUUAUGCGGAGAAGAUUUCCAGUGAUUCACAGCAGGUGGAGAGCAAGUUGGAGAUCUAUCCUAGGAAAGGGGAGGUAUGGGCAUUAUGUAGAAGUGAUACAUCCAAAUGGCCGUGGUCUAACUCGUCUACUAUAAGUGAUGUUGACAUUGUUGAAGUUCUAGAAGACAACACGGAAAUGAUUAAAGUCUUAGUUUUGAAAACAGUCAUUGCGAGUACGAAAACUGUUUACAAACCCAAGAAAAGAUCAGGAAAUGACAUACUUGCGGAGAUACCAAGGGUUGAAUUGCAUAAAUUUUCACACAAAAUUCCUGUUCGACGGCGGACAAUGACAGGAUUGCAGGAAUGUUGGGAGCUGGAUAUGCGAGAAAAAUUCCCUGUUGAAGACUCCAUAGCUGAUGAGAGUAAGGGGCGUGAAGCUGCUAAUGAAUCUGAAUCAAUUGUUGGCCCAAAAGACAUUCCGGAUCAAGAAUUCCUUGAAUUUGUGGAUUCAGAUUUUAAUGACUUUGAUUUGGUUAGGAAAGAAGAUUGCUUUGCAGUAGGUCAGGUAUGGGCCUCUUAUGAUCGUAUAGACGGCAUGCCUAGAGGGUACGCUCGUAUCGAGAAAGUUUAUUCACCUGGUUUCAUGGUGGAGAUCACUACCUUAAAAGCUGAUCUAGAAGAAGCAGAUGAGGUUGGUUGGAUCCAUGAAGAUUUGCCUAUCACUUGUGGCAAGUUCAAACACGAUAUAACAUUAAUAGUCGAUGAUCGUGCUGCAUUUUCUCAUAGGGUUGAAUGGGAACUAGGCAUGGGUACAGGUUCUUACAGGAUAUAUCCGAGAAAAGGUGAAACUUGGGCUCUCUUCAAGAACGUGGAUGAUAUUAAACGGAGUUCUGAUCCUAUAAAUACUAGAAAUAUCAGGUAUGAAUAUGUAGAAAUCCUUUCAGAUUAUAGUGAGGAAUUAGGCGUUAAAGUUGCUUACUUGGUUAAGAUCAAAGGUUUUGUAAGCUUGUUCAUGAGAACCUUAUGCAACAGUAUGAAUUUCAUUCAAAUUACUCCAGAUGAACGGAUGAAAUUUUCACAUAAAGUUCCUUCAUUUAGAACGACUGGUAAAGAAAGAGAAGACGUUCCUGAAGGUUAUUUCGAGCUCGACCCUGCUUCUCUGCCUAGUAACCUGGAAGUGAUUUCUGAGUCUGAAGAUGUGCAAGUGAACACUAAAAAUGUUGAGGCUGUAACUAAUGAUAGUUCUGCAUCUCCAAAAGAGGAUAGUCCUUGUGCACGAAAGAAAAGAAAAACGAAUCCUCUUAACAGGAAUAGCCGGGACGCAGGAAACUCAAGAUAUGGAAGUUUGCUUCCAAUCACACCAAAAAGAUGGUGUAAUAAGAAGAAGCGAAGUGUUCUGAAACGGGUUGGAAGAAGUGGUUCCACUUUUGGCAACGGCAAUCCACUUAAUUUAUGUCGGACUGUUAUGAAUGAGAUUGGUAGUGAUGGUGUGGUCACUAAUACAGACAUUGUAACUGUGCAUAGGCCCGUGGGACUUUCAGAGUUUGUUCCUUGUGAUAUUCCAGACGCAGAAAAUUCUAACUUGAAGCUUGGAUUACCAUCAUCUUUUCAACUGAACCCUGAAGGAAUUCCUGAAGGACAACUGUAUGACUUUAGGGAUGAUAAAACCCAUGAAAAGUUUCAGCCUGGUCAGGUAUGGGCAGUGUAUUGCGACUUGGAUGGUUUACCCAAGUAUUAUGUUCAGGUGAAAACUGUUGAAGUAUUCCCUGAUUUCAAGGUGGAAGUAAAUUGGCUUCAAUCUUGUGCUCCACCAGAAGGUUUGAUCCGAUGUAAUGAUGUUAAUAUGCCUUUAAGCUGUGGCAUGUUUGAAACUGGUGAAACUCACACUUUUGAUGAUACGACUUAUUUCUUUCAUCACUUAACAGGAGUUUCUAAUGCUACGGAAAACAAGUUUGAGAUCUUCCCAAGGAAAGACGAGGUGUGGGCAUUAUACAGAAACUUUAGUCCCAGUAUGUCAUCUUCAGAUUUGCAGAAAUGUGAGUAUGACAUGGUUGUAGUUGUAGAAGAGCAAGUUCACUGGAUGAUCGUGUUGGUUCUACAAAAGUUCUCCUCUUGCAUGGAGUCAGUUUUCAUGCCUAAAUUAAAAGCAGGACAUCUCUUUCAUAUGGCUAUACCACGAUGUGAAUUGCUUCGAUUUUCUCAUCAAGUUCCUGCUUUUCGAUUGAGCGAUGACAAGUAUGGUAGCUUGCGAGGAUCUUGGGUACUUGAUUCUGAGUCCAUGCCACGUUGCUUGAUUUCCUCAAACUGAAGGUUCCAAGGUCAAAUUUAUUGUUCUUUCUUCUUUUUUUCUUUUCUUCAUGGUGUGGAGCCUUUUCUAGUUGCUUAAUCAAUACAUAAAUUGGAUGGAGCAAGUUCCACCAUCCAUAUCUGUUGCUCUGACACAUACCACGAAUGCAUCGAUGUGCAGCUCAUGACUUAGAAUACCUAGUUUGCAGGGUGUCUGAGUAGAGUUGGAAGAUAUCUAAUUGUGCUUCCUUCUUAUGACAAGGAGCUUCUUAGACUAGUAAAACUGACACAUGUGUACACACCGUAGACUUUGUAACGGUGUCAACUUUUUUUCCGUUUGGGAUAAUGUAUAUGCAUAAGCAGUAAUGCACUUUACAGAGAUGUAAAUGUAGUUCAACAAACUAUGUUAUAACAGGUCUAUGAAAUGCCACUUUUUUGUUAUGA